AUGUCAGUUGAUGAAGAUGACUUGGUGCCAUUAUGGAAGAAACUGAUAAUUCUAGAUGCUAUAAAUGGGAUUUCUGAUGCCUGGCAGGAAGAUUUCAGUGAAGAAAACUUGAAUGAGUGGAUGGAGAUCAACAAAUGCAAACCCUGCUUCCAGUAUGUGCCUGACACCAAAAUUGUGACUGCUGCUUUGCAACAAAACAAUGAUGAAAACACAUAUUCAAGACUGUUAAAAAAUGACUUUCCUGAUCCAAAGUGGGCAUUAGAAAAUCUUACUUCUGUAUAUCUUCAAUACAGUAAUGCACAUGUGAAAAUAUACUUCAUAAAACUCGACCCCGGCGAGAAGCUGCUAACAGACAAUCCGUCGUGGGCGCCCGACAAGGAGCCAGAACCAUCUCCAAUGGACCCGUGGCUGAGUUACAUGGUGCCUGUCGUGCAGCAGAAGCCAAAAGAAGAACCAGAGGCACACAGCACGCCUCAGCCGUCGCCAGUUACGGAAGCAUCUCCCAGCAGCGUGUCAGCACCCAAGUCGGCCGAUGAGGAUCGGCCCGGCGGCCUGUCGGAGCAGCUGUACACGCGAUACCAGCCGUCUACGGAGUGGCCUCCCGCAGCGGUUGAGUCGGCACUGCGACACAGCAAGGAGCCGGCGAAGCCCAAACCACCGGCAGAAUCGCCGCCCAAGGGGCAGACACGGCCGUCUCGUGGCGGACGUCCUUCAGCCAGCAGCCGCAAAUCAAAAGAGGCCGCUCCGCCAUCUCCGCUGCAAGCUGAGCCCAGCGACAUUCGUCGAGCACGGCUCCCUCCAAUCAAGGUAUGUGUUCUAGUCUCGAGGUGA